GCGCGACCGCAGGAGGAGGACGAUGAAGAUGAUGCGCCCGUCGUGACGGAAGAAUCGACCAACGAGGAUGACGAAGAGGAUGAGGAUGCCGAUGAGUCGGUCGAGCAAGCUGAGGAAGAGUGAUCCCAGCUGGCUCGCCUGAUCCUUCGACCCCACCUCAUCUGAUCCGACUAGAACAAAAACAUCAUUCGAACUUCGGGGCUCUGCCUAGAUCUAUCUGAUGUGCUCAAUGAGACUUGGUCGUGUAGCUUCUGUGGCCAUGUCGCGCUCGCUCUGCGCUCCUGAGAAUGCACAGAAUCGCGACACUCUCGGAAUCAUUCUGAAUUGCCGCCCACCUCUCGAGCCGACGACUGGACUAGCGCAUGGCGAACUUCCCCAGACACUCUCAGCCUACUGCCGCCUUCCUCAGGUGCUUGAGAGAUCCAGCCUGAAUGGCAGACCCGCUGCAAACCGACAGCAAUGUCACCGCGGCAGGCGGUGAUCAACCUGAUGAGCUCGAUCAACGCGACGAGGCACGCUUGCAGGGAGGUCUCAAGGACCGAAACCCUUUCAAGCUACAUCCGAGAUGCGGAGCGAUCGGCGUACGUGCAAUGUUGUUCACCCCCAGCUGGUUCAGCAUCAACAUGGGCACGGGCAUAACCUCUAUCCUGCUCCACAACCUGCCGUAUCAGUUUCCGGGUCUGGGCAUCAUCUCCGUCGUCAUCUUUGUCUUCAAUCUCAUCUUGUUCUUGACGUUUCUCUCCAUGUCGAUAUUACGGUACUCGCUCUAUCCUCGCAUCUUUGCUCUCAUGGUCACUCACUCCACCCAAGCCUUCUUUCUGGGCACCUUCUCGAUGGGAUUUUCGACCAUUGUCAACAUGAUCGCAUUUGUUUGUAUACCCGCGUUUGGUCAGCACUUUGUCAUCCUCGCCUGGGCUCUCUGGUGGAUCAACGCGAUCAUCUCGCUCCUUGUAGGGAUCGGAGUCCCUUUUGCCAUGUUCAAUUACCACAAUCAGUCACUCGAGGUCCUCAACGGCACUUGGCUCUUGCCCAGCGUGUCGCCCAUCGUCGCAGCUGCCACUGGCGGUAUCGUGGCCGACUAUCUGCCCGCAAGCCACGCUCGGUUGACCCUCACAAUUUCAUACAUUCUCUGGGGUUCCGCCUUCCCGGUCUCGCUAUUGAUCAUGGCGGUCUACUUCCAUCGUCUGGCAGUACACCACCUUCCCCCGGCUGCUGCCAUUGUCUCUGUUUUCCUACCAUUGGGUCCGUGCGGACAGGGUGCAUUCGCGAUCCUACAAUUUUCAAAGGUCAUCAGGAAGCUUGCGAUGGAAACGGGGGUCGGUCUGGGCGCUGGCAGUACCUUCAAUCCGGCAGAACAGGUCCAGAUGGCGAAUGCGCUCUACAUCUGUACCAUCGCAGUCGCACUUGUCAUCUGGGGUCUCGGGCUCUUUUGGCUAUCUAUUGCGGUUCUGUCGAUCAUUAAAAUGGCAAGUACUGAUGGUCUUAUCUUCAACAUGGGCUGGUGGGGCUUUACGUUCCCUCUUGGCGUUUUCACGGUGGCAACGACGACGCUCGGAGUCGAGCUCCAGUCUGACGCACUCAAGAUACUCGGGACUGUCUUUACAGGCUGUGAGACCUUACUCUGGCUCUUGCUCAUCACGCGCACGGCACUACGCGCAUAUGACGGCAGAAUGUUCUCAUCGCCCUGCUUGGGUGAUAUCGGUGUCAACUUGGCUGCGGCCAAUAGCUGUGCUUGUGAAAAGUGCACACGCUCGGUCUGAUGGUUUCAAUGCACUGAUCGAUGUGACGACGCUGCAUAUAUGUUGUUAACAAUCCUCUUGCAACUUCUUAGGAGCA